AUGGUAAUGAUGAUGGACAUCUUGCCUUCCAUUUCAACUGUCACUCUGCGAUCUGAGAGCUGUUAUACCAUUACCACAGUGCUGGUGACAUCUCUGGAGAUGGGAAACUGCUGUACAGGCUCUUGCCUCCUGGAUGCGGAAAUAGUUCCUUCUAUGUCAAGACAGUCUAUUGUUCACUCCAACAAGUGCUGCAGAAGAGUCCGCCUGUGGCUGCCGGAAAGCGCAUACCCUGAAAGGGACAAGGAUGGAGAUUCUACUAAGGUCCUGAUGGAGGUUGUUCCCUGCGACUCUGCAGAGGACGAGAAACAAUUUAUUGCCAUGCAGGCGGAGCCCACAGCAAAUGGAAACUUUCCCCCCAACAUCCUGGUGCACUCGCUGCCUCCAUAUAGAACAGAAGAGGACGAGCCACUGAAUGCCCUGGUGGACACCGGAGGAAUUCAAGAUGGCACCUGCAGGACUCAUGCACUUGCUGGUCACAGCAUCACUGUCGUUGCCCUGGUUCACACAGAUGCCGGUUUUGCAGAUCCUGAGGAUCAGACACAGGGAGCAGCAACUGAUUCCCACAAGGACACCUGUGAGGAUGGGGACCUGGAGUCCAACGGCUCAGAGGACAGGGAGCUGCCAGAGGGAUGGGGAAGGGCAGCCCCUCCCUGCCCGUCCGCUCCGUAGUCACAGUUUACUACCUGUGUGCCAAAGAAUAGUUUAUAAGUAAACUCUACUGCUCAUGUUGGAUGUUUU